AUGGCAAAAAGACUAGAGAAAGUUCCAAGACUCCCAAAGGAAACUUUAACUGCUCAAACUAAAAUGAAUUCAACAAAUACAAGAAGAAUGUAUAUGUUAGCUGGGUGUUACUACUUGAUAACAAAAGGAUGGUCAUUUCUUAUUUCAAAAGAACAAAGAAUAGCAGAAAAGUUACACCACUUCUUCCCUAUUCAAAAGAUAUGGAACGAAAAUAAAGUAAUAAUAUUUGAUAAAGACUGUGAAUAUGAAUUAAUUCAAGAAGGGAAAGAAGCCAAAUUAAAAUUUGAUAAAGAAGAAAUUCCAAUAAAGAAAGAAGUAACUGAGAAAAGUGGAAAACAAAAUAAGAAGAAAUUAGUUUACAAUGAACUUGUUGUUAUGAAUAUCAUUAAUGAAUGUUAUCUUAAAUACAAUGAAAUUGGGAGUGAUAAUAGUUUGGCACACACAAAAGUAUCAAAAAGUGCCAUUAGUAGCCAACAAUAUACAAAACUUCCAUUAGUAAAGAAAGAUGGUAAAUGUAUUGGUAUAUUUAAUAAAAUAGAAGUAUUAAAUACAACAGGAAUUCAAGUAUAUGACUUUUUGUGUCAAUAUCUCAAAAAAGAAAAAAGUUCUCAAACAAAGUAUGAAAGUGUUUUUAUUGGAGACAAAGAUUGUUUAAGUAAAACAUCAUAUGGAAACAUUCUUUUGCUUUCAAAAGAAAAAUUCUUGGAUCAAGCUAUUGAUGAAAGUAAAUUCAAUUGUUUUAAUGACAAAGUUAGUUCAUCAUCUCAGCAAUUAAAUGAAGGUGUUAAAAUUCUACAACUAGAACCUCCUACUAACAUUAGUAGCUCAAUGGAAGAUAACCCAUUAAAUAACAUUAGAGGUUCUCCUUUUGUUGAGCACCAAAGGACUGUGGUUGAUUAUAGUUCAUUACCAGUUAAGAGUAGUGAAAUACUUCCUCAGUUUGAAUGUUUAAGUAAUAAAGGAGUUAUUUCAAAGAAUAAUAAGUCAGAGUUGUUAUACUUUGAUAUAAAUAAGUUCAAGAGAUUAUUGAAUGGUAUUUAUAAAUAG